AUGGCGACCAGUCCGAGAACUCCAACUACACCAGCUACUCCUUCUUCUCCCACUGGAACACUUAAAAGAGACAAUUCAAAAAAAGAUGCCGGGGUUUUUGGAUGGAUGGGUACUCUAUCUCGACGAAAGAAAGGCGAAACCGAAGUAAAUCAGUUAGAGAAUGAAGGGAAAUUUGCAAUCGAGUCACCAACCACCCCAAUUCACAUGAUCCCCCCUGAUACAUACGACAUGGAGGAAGGUGAAGUACGCUCAAUGAUAGAACCAGGAUCACUUGAAGACCCUAAAGUCCAUCAGCUCAAAGUGGUUCUUUUGGAGUGGUUAAAUGAAGUAUUGGCAGAUAAAAGAAUUGUUGUACGUGAUGUCGAAGAAGAUCUGUAUGAUGGUCUGAUAUUAUCACAUCUUAUGGAGAAGUUAGCUGAUAUUGUGCUACAAGAAUUUAAAGAAGUCAAUCAAACAGUAGAGGUUCAGCAAGCAAAGUUGUCUGUUCUUCUCAACGAAAUCAAUAAAACAAUAAGAGUUCCACAACACAGAGCCAAAUGGACAACAGAAAAGGUCCAUUCUAAGGAUACAGUUGCAAUUCUUCAUUUACUUGUGUCGCUUGCAAAACACUACAACUGCAGACAAAAGCUGACACCUGAUGUAAAGAUAAAUACAAUGGUUGUACAGAAAAAGAAUGGGAUGUUGAUACCUCAAAGAGUAGUGGAAGAAAUCACAGGACCAGAUGCUGAUAUGAUGGAUGGUAAACCUGAAAGAGAUGCCUUUGAUGCGCUUUUUGACAAUGCUCCAGAAAAACUGGGAGUAGUUAAAAAAUCUUUACAGGGAUUCGUCAACAGACAUCUGAACAAGUUGAAUCUUGAGGUUACGAAUAUAGAUACUCAGUUCCAUGAUGGGGUCUAUUUCAUCUUUUUACUUGGUCUUUUAGAAGGAUUUUUUGUUCCACUGUACCAAUUUCAUGUCACUCCAGCCAAUGAAGACCAAAAGAGACAAAAUGUUGAACUUGCUUUGGAUUUGAUGAGAGACAGUGGGCUAAAAUUUCAUGCAAAGACAGAAGAUAUCAUGAAGAGAGAUCUAAAGUCAACUUUAAGGAUUGUGUACAGUUUAUUUCAGAAGUACAAACAUCUGAAGUAGACUACAAUGCAGAAUAGGCCUGACUGUACUAUAAAAUUAAGAAAGAUACUUGAUAUGGAUAGAUGAAAUCUAAUAUUUUUCAUCCCAUCAAAGAAUUUCUCAGAAAAAAAUGAAUUGUAAAAUAAAAGUUAUUUUUGUAUUUUYAUCUUGAGGAUUUCAGAUAUUUUGUAAAUCCUAGAUAAUCUAAAACUAAAAAUCACCAGCUGUGCAAUGUAUUAUACAGUGUGCCUCUGAAGAUUUGAAUUCCCUGAAAAAUGAAGGAUGUGAGAGAAAAAAACCCUGAUAAAUAAAAGAAGUAGAGGGAUUAAUAAAUAAAAGGUCAAAAAGGGAUACAAAAUUGGAUAAAGUUCCAAGUACAAAACUAAGCUAUUUUUUACAGAUUAUUAAAACAAACUUAAGUAUAUUUUUUCGUAUUAAAAGGAUCCAUUAUAAA